UGCACCAAGCCUUCUGUUGCUCCAAAGCCAAGAUUUGUUUGUCACGCCAAUCUCAAGCUGUCCUCCCCUCUCUCAUCUAGAGCCAGGGGACCUAAACCUUUUAUAGCCCCAAAACCUAGAGUAACAGAUCUGCUAAAUGGCAACCAGGAAGAAUUCAGUGAUGGGAGUGCAAUUACCUCAGAUGGAGAGGUUGAGGAAGAUCGUGAGACUCUGAAUGGUCGAAACGAAGUGAUCAUAGACACAGUGUCCACAGAGAAACAACAUGCCACCAACAUUUUCAAAUGCACACGAACAGAUGUACAGACUGUGUCCAAGAGGCACCCAGAGAGAGAAGAGGCCAAGGAGGAAAAUAAAGAGAGAGAAGAGGAAGAUGUUAUUAAAAAAAUGAAUGAUAAUUGGAGAAUAACCAAAGAAGCUGACUGUCUAGAAACCCUUUGGGUCAGUGAUGCCAGACUCAAAGCGGACCUGGAGGAGGUCGAGGUGAGAACUGAUGCAGAUGUGACAGAAGACAUGGGUUAUGAAGUCUGCGAUGCAGGCGAGGCGCUGGCUGACACUGACGGCCUCUCUGUGGGAAGCAUUUCUGUUAAUAGCGCAGAUGAGGAUGCACGCUAUUAUUCUGCUUAUAGUCAGGAUGCAAAGCAGGAAAAGCUUCAGAUCAGGCAGGAUGGAACAGCAGAUGAUUUAACUGAGUCUCUCACAGAAGAGCUGCCUGGCAUCCUUGUCAAAGGAAACAUAACAGAAGAUGAUGAAGAAGAAGAGAAAGAAGAAGAAGCGGGUCUUGGUUGUGGCUUCACGUGUAACAUCCUACAGUUAAAGUGUGGCUAUAGAAUGAAUGAAAAGGGGGAAAAGUGGUAUGAAAACCAGGAUCAGAACUGUGAUUCAAAGAGGAGACAUGCCGACUCAGAGGAAGAAAAAGCUCAUGAGCCCUUUUACAUCUGUUCAACAGACAUUAUUAGCAGAGAGUUGAGGCCAGAAACUACGCUCACGGUGACUAGUUUACCUUCUUUAAAUGGAAUUGGAGUUGCAGCAAGGAAAUGUGAGAAAAGAGAAGAAAAUGGACAAAUUGAGGACUACUUGGGUGGCAGUGAUGAGUAUAGCAAAAGCCAUGACAAUGAUAUAAAGGUAUCUCUAAUUCCAUCAGUCCAAACUGAGGAUGACAAACCCGAAGAAGUGGAGGAUGUGCUGAAUGAGUUGGACUGCCCACUGAGGUUCAGGCAGGUAAUCGUCUCAGUGCCAACAGACACAGACACUUCGCUGACUUCAUCUCUCUCAGGAAGCCAACUGCUGUCCCCAAAUGACUCUGAUGUCUUCAGAGAUGAGGACGACCUGGAUGGUCAUAUUGUGCCCUUUCUUGAUGAGACGACUGAAAUGGAGCAGGACACCAGUGAUGAGCAUGUUUAUGAGGAGCCAGGGCAAGAUUUGCAUGCUAAGAACUUUUUUCUUCUUGAUAGAAAGACCACUGGGAUUCGAUCACAGUCCUUGUCGCACCGGAUUACUAAUAAUGUUGAGGAUGUAGGAGUGCAGCUUCUCCAAAAGUCCUACAAGAGUGGAUUUGGACAACCUGCACUGAGCAGCAGCCCAAUGUUAAGCUCAACGCGGCACAAGAGCUAUUCAAAACCGCACUAUUUAGCCCUGUAUCCUCGUUCCAUCUCCAUGGAGGGAAAGGACACGUCUCUUUGUGUCUACAGGGACGGCUCUCUCGGUCAGAGGCAGAGAGAUGCUGUUUGUCCAUCUGAAAGCUUCUCACCUUUGUCAUCCAGUGCUCUGUCCACGCCGACAUCUCUGGUGGACAUUCCUCCUCCAUUUGAGCUGGCCUACAUCACCAAGAAGCCCAUUACAAAGAGUUCCCCCUCGCUUCUCACUGGGGGAGACUUGUCAGACAAAAGCAGGAAAAAGAAAUCCUCUUUAAAGCGCUUCCUGAUGCUCAAAUUCGGAAGAAAAGCGGACAAUAAGCCUCGGGUGGAUAUCAAACCAACCUCUUGUGAGUCCUCAGCUGGGUACAACCAUCGCACAGCCAGCAGACUGCUGGAUUUGGACAGACGCAGCGUCAGUAGUUCUCCACAGAUGAGCUCCCGUCUGGUGAACAGGCCUCAAGUGUCCCCUGAGCUGACGUCCACCUUCUUGUUCUACGAAGAGAGCAAAAGGAAAGGGAACUCUGUGGCUUUCCUCAAUCGCAGCGUUGUCCGUGUGGAGUCCUUCGAAGAUCGCUCCCGUGUGCCUUUCAUACCUCUUCCCCUCACCAAACCUCGCUCCAUCUCCUUCCCCAACACAGAUACCUCAGACUACGAAAAUGUUCCAGCCAUCAGCUCCGACUACGAGAAUGUUCAGGUGCCACAGCGGAGACCUGUCCGGCAGCUGCCCCUCACAGACUUCUUUGACCGUCCCGGUCGAGUCCUGUCUGCGGCCAAUGAGACGGACGGUUAUGUGGACAUGAGCAGCCUCCCCGGAUUUGAGGCCAAACCUCAGUCACCUGAGCAGGAAUCAGAAAGGCAUGUGAAAACCCUGAAGUUGCUCCAGGAAGACUUUCGAGAAGCAGUGGGGUCAGCAGUCGGGGAUGAAGGACAGCUUGUGCUGGAUGAUGAGAGACUUCGAGAGAUUCUCAAUGAGCUGCCCGAUAUUUACAAGCUGCACCGCAAAAUCCUCACUGAGCUGGAGAAUCGAGUCCGACACUGGGAGGACAGCCAAAAGAUUGCAGACAUAUUCCUGUCCAGGAAAGCAGAGUUCUUGGUCUUCACGACUUACAUUGGCCACUACGACCGCAGCAUUAAUUACCUGAACAACCUCUCCCCUGAUUCCAGGGAAUAUGAAGAUACCCAAGCUGCCGUAGUGAUCGUGUCUGACAUUGGAGAUCAAGUCAACGACAGUUUGAAAAAUGGGGAGAACCUGUUGCGUCUGAUCAACAUAGCUUACAGUGUACGUGGCCAGCGGGACCUGCUUCAUCCUGACAGGGUUUUUGUGAAGGAGGGCACUCUGAUGAAGGUCAGCAGGAAGAGUCGCCAGCCCCGCCAUCUGUUUUUGAUGAACGAUGUGCUGCUUUACACCUACCCUCAACAGGAUGGGAAAUACAGACUGAAGAACACUUUACCACUCACUGGGUUGAAGGUCAGUAAACCCAUCAUUGACAAUGCUCACAAUGCACUGAAAAUCGAGGGAACUGACAUCUCCAUCGUGUUGACUGCCAGUUCCUUCCUUGAAAGAGAAGACUGGUUUUACACUCUUAACCGCACUGUGAAUGAACACACAAGAGGCUCGGUACCUGUCAAUAGCUGCACAGGAGAGGUCAGAGAUCGUCUGAGGCUGUCUCUGGGAGAGAAAGCUCCCACUAUGGUUCCUGUCUCACAAGUGAUGAUGUGCAUGAACUGCACGGCAGAUUUCAGCCUCACUCUUCGCAGACACCAUUGCCAUGGCUGUGGAAGAAUUGUUUGUCGAAGCUGCUCCAGGAACAAAUAUCCACUGAAAUAUAUGAAAGACCGCAUGGCCAAAGUGUGUGACCACUGUUACAACGAGCUAAAGAAGGGAGGAGAUGUGUCUGCUCUUACAGGCAAGGACAGCCCUCGAAUGAAUCGUUCCAGUCGUCCACUCUCUUCUGUGUUCCAAAACAUUCAUCCUCCCAGCAUCUGGAGACAUCGGAAAGGCACGGUCACCUUCAACCAGAUGACUGUGUCAGAGGAAGGCUCCAUCAGUGGCAGUCUACAGAGAAGCAAGAAGAGCAAAAGGAACUGGAAGAGACUAUGGUUCCUUCUAAAAGACAAGGUGCUUUACACCUACAGAGCCCAAGAGGAGAAAGUAGCGGCAGAGAGUUUACCGCUUUUGGGUUUCACAGUGAAGCUACCUGAUAAGCAAUGGGGACAGGAGGAGGCCAAUGUCUUUCAGCUUUACCACAAAAACACUUUAUAUUACACUUUUAAGGCUGAGGAUAACUUCACAGCUCAA